AUGACGGUCACCUACACCUCCCGGGUGGCCACCGCGCGCUUCGGGGGCUUCUCUCAGCUGCUGCUGCUGUGGCGGGGGAGCAUCUACAAACUCCUGUACCGGGAGCUGCUCCUCUUCCUCACCGCCUACCUGGGGCUCAGCCUGGCCUACAGGUUUUUGCUGUCCGAGUCUCAGCGCCGCCUGUUCGAGAAGCUGGUGCUGUACUGUGACAAAUCGGCCAACCUGAUCCCCGUGUCCUUCGUGCUCGGGUUCUACGUGGCGCUGGUUCUGGAGCGCUGGUGGGGUCAGUUCCGGACGGUUCCGGCUCCGGACGGGCUCAUGGUGGCCGUGGCCGGCAGCGUCCACGGCUCGGACCCGCGGGGGCGUGGCGGGUUCCUGACGCGCGAGGAGCGCCGCCGGCUCGAGGGGCUGCGCUCGCCCUACAACAAAUUCUGGGUUCCGUGCGCCUGGUUCGGGGCGCUGGCGGGGCAGGCGCGGAGAGAGGGGAGAGUCAGGGACGACUGCGCCCUAAAACUGCUCAUGGAGGAGCUGAACCGGUUCCGGGCCCACUGCAGCCUCCUGUUCCACUAUGACUGGAUCAGCGUCCCGCUGGUGUACACACAGGUGGUGACCAUCGCCGUGUACACCUUUUUCCUCACCUGUCUGAUCGGGCGGCAGUUCCUGGACCCCGCCCAGGGUUACGCGGGGCACGAGCUGGACCUGGGCGUGCCCGUGUUCACCUUGCUGCAGUUCUUCUUCUACGUGGGCUGGCUCAAGGUGGCGGAGCAGCUCAUUAACCCUUUCGGGGAGGAUGAUGAUGAUUUCGAGACCAACACGCUCAUCGACAGAAACUUCCAGGUGUCCAUGCUGGCUGUGGACGAGCUGUACGGGGAGGUUCCGGAGCUGGAGCGGGAUCGUUAUUGGGGGACCCCCGCCCCCCGCGCCCCCUACACGGCGGCGGCCGCGCCCCCCCGGCACCCCGCCUUCCGCGGCUCCGCCUUCGACGUCACCCUGGCCAAGGAGGAGAUGCAAUUCCAACCCCUGGAGGAAAUCGGGGACCCCCUCGGGGAAAUCGGGGACCCCCUGGACCCCUCCCCACGGGUCCCCCGCCCGUCCCGGCUCCGCCGCAAGAGCAGCUCCGAGGGGGGGGCGCCCCCCGAGACCCCCCCGGGGGAUGGGGACCCCCAGGAGCGGUGGCUGCUGCACCCCAGCGCCGAGCAGGGGGUCUGA